UGUGUGGGAUCUGGAGUCUUAUCGGGAAACUGUCAUGGGAUCCUAAUUUAGCACUAAUCUCAUCGCACGUCGGCUUAAUCACACGGUGCCUCCAUCAUCAAGCUACUCGAGUGAAGACUAACCUCGCACAUUAGCAAAACCAAAAGUGGGAGUCAAAGAUGGGAAGGCGCGCCAACUCCCUGCGCCAAGCGUGCGGCAAGCUUGCAUCACAGCAGCAGGAGCAGCAGCCAGCCAGCAGUGGCAGCAGCAGCGGCAGCCUCCAUAGCCUCGAGAUUAACACCACUGCGAAGUCGGGUUGCACUUGCGGGGUUGGGUUGAGUUGGGUUGGGUUAAGCUAAUCAGCUCGUCACCUCGGGGUUGUGAAGAUUCCGCAGCGUACCGUGAGUAUCACAGUCACUCGUGGAAGGGGCGACUGGGGGCUGGCAACGAUCUUUUGACUGCGACUACUAGUUGGGGUUGAAACUAUGGGGUGACCCUUGGAGGGGAUGCCACGGAUCCCCAUCCUUGAAUUAAUCGGCAUGUGCAGAGAUUGCAGGCCACGGGGUAAGCCUUGUAAGAGUGUUAAUGCAUCUACCCAUUCGUCUUGCGUCCCAUGUGCAGCAAUCCAGCUUUCUGUCGGGCCAGCCUGCGUGUGAUCAUUCUCUAGUCUCUGCGUGAAGUACUUCUACUCCUGACCCGCCUUCUCUUCUUCUUCCUCCUCCUCCUCCUGGUUCUGCUGCGUUGUGAGCUGCUUGCUUGCUUGCUGGCGCGGCGUUAGUGGUCGUAACGUGUUGUUGGUAAAGUUUUGGAAAGCUUGCAAAGGGUAGAGGAAGGGUGGCCAGGAGGGCGCCUGUGAUGAUGUGCUGGAGAUCGUCGCAUUAACUCUAAGUCAAGAAUUAUGUCGUGGUCUGAUUUUGAUACCUGUCAAAUUGCGGGGCGGAUUCGGUCAGACUGAACAUCUAUUUGAAGGCCAGUGAUGCGUUGGCGGUUUCUAAGCGAAACGUGAUCCAUCAGACCUUCGACGUGCGGUCGUUGACGUUAGGACGUGCUUUCUGGUGAGAUGCAUACACGCUCAGCAAUGGAGUCGUGUUGGUCACUGGACUAAACAGUGAAGGGAUUCCCCGUUCGAUGCUUUUUGCCACCACGGUUUGGAUAAUCGUUGCAUCCUUUCGAGGGAGGAGGAGAAUUUUGGAGAUCAUGACGAGGUUGGGGCUGCGGAACUUCACUUGUUUACUUCCGGCUGAGACGUUGGAUCACGGUCACCAUGAGUGGUCGGAGGAGGUGGAGCAGCCGGGGACCUCGUACAACAGCAAAGGAAAUUUUUCCUACACGGAGAACAGGAAGGUGAAGGGUUCUGCUGCAGCUGGCGAGUUUGAGGGUGCAAGGGGGAGGGAAAGGAUGAACUGCUCCAGUGGCGGAGCUCAUAUGCUUGCGUGUUUCCGAGCUGGUGCCAUUAAUCUGAUAGUGCAUCCAGCUAUGGUGAGUAUUGGGGGACAGAAACAAGGAGCAUCGACAGUGCAGCCUUUGAACUCUUUGCCACGGGGUGGCUUCCUCGACGGCGCUGCCGACCACGACAGUGGCGACGAUCCAACGUCACCUGUUGUCACUUGUAUCGGACAGGUGAAGAAAGACAAGUCGAAGACACCACCUAAAACACCGCCCAAAACGCCAACGAACGCUGCAGAGGCAGCGCCAGACCUGCGGAGUUUGAAAUCAAUGCGAGAGAAGCCUCAGAGAUUCGAGAGCGCGUCCGCGCCCUCCUCUCCGAAGCCAUCCAGAUGGCGACAAUUCCUCGGUCCAAGAGGAAUGUUAAACCCCAGCGUGCAAAGCCGGAACGAGAACGAGUUUCACGUAGAUCUCAACAGGUUCAGUUCAGCCUGCUCCAGCAUUGCCAAGACGGCACCCACCUUGGACAUGAAGUCCAGCAGGACACAGACCGGCACCUUCUUGGCCAAGUCCCUCAUGAUGCUGCAGCUGGAGUGCGACUCGGCGCGAGAUGAAUCUCCUGGUGUGAGUGAUGUGAGCGCUUCCAAGACGAAACCGAGUGAAAUCAAAUGUAACGAGGAAACUAAAUGCAUAGCCUCAAGACCGCCUGCAGCGGUGUGUAACAAUACGAGAGGUGGAAGUGAUGAGGUUCUGCUUUGGAAACGGCGAAGUGGAGCAAAGCCCCUCACGCUGGACUUGAAGAGGCGGGCAGUGUAAUGAAAGGUCGACAAACGAGCCAAGAAAACUUACUCAACUAACAAGGAAGACGAAGAAAAAGCUUGGAGAAUCUUAGGGAGGUCCGUGAAAGACAUGAGCCUAUUAUUCAAUUGGAGCAUAGGGUAUCGCAACACAUUUUUCAGCGGCCACAUGACAUUCUCACAUGAAAUUAGCUAGUACAGAGAGAGACCAUCAGUGGCUCCUCUUGGGAAUGCUUUUCCCUAUCUCUUCAGGAUACUUCAGAAAUCACUACAUCGUCACUUUCGUGUAGGUUUGUUUUUGGUGCUAACAAGUGUAAUACAGCUAGGUAAGGAAAUUUAUUAUCCUGAACAGCAAUAGGUUCACUCGUCAACUACGCCAGCUUGAAGAGCGACAUUUCUCAGACUCGGUGCGAGCCAAACUCUAGAAGUGCUUUUCUCAUGCAAGCUCGUUCAGGGUACCUGCUUUGCUACCCAGCCAGCGUAGGUCACGUUAUUAUUUCUGAAUGUGUACAAAGGAGUAGCACUCCAAUCUAUAUGACAUCUCACCCUAUUUUGGGGUUCUAAA